CAUUUGCACAGCAAAUAAAAUGCAAAAUACAUAGCUAAAUGGUCCGCAACUCGAUUCGGCUUACAAUUUCAACAAUUUAUCGUGCGGCAUCAGUAAACAAAGUGCAAUAAAAAUACGUAACUCAGUUUGAUUUCGAGCCAAAGCAUACCAAAGGAGCAGAGCAAGAUGAAAACUCGUCUCGUCUCGCUCACCUAUCGCGGCAGUGCAUCCGUCGAUCCCCGCUACUCCGCCUCCAUGCUGCCCUGGACAAUCAACGACAUACGUUCCACGGAGAGUUACACAAAGCUAUCGGUGGGCAUUGAGAAUGGCAUACUUGAGUCAUACAACUCGGACUUUGAGCUGCAGUUCAGCCAUCCCCUGAAGCACAUCGUGGGCAUGUGCCGCAUCAUACACAAGCCGCAGGCCAAGAGCAUCGGCAAUGGAUUUCUGCAGCUCAAAUCUAACGCUGGCCAGGCAGCAGGCAGUGGCUCCUCGUGCGCCGCCACCUCCUCGAUGCCUGGUGGCGGCAGCAGCUCGCUGGCCGCAAACGGACUGCGGCACACCCUAACCGCAUCCACAUCCUACGGCUCGCUCUCGUCCAGCGCGGCUUCCGCUUAUCAGCAGCAGCAACAGCAGGCGGCGGCGGCGGCUGCGGCUGCGGCAGCGGCUGCUGAUGGGAGUGGAGCGGCGGAGCAGCCGCAGAAUUUCAUGGAAUUUCAAGGACCCAUCACAGGACUGGUCUACUUGCUGAAGGAUCCCAAGGAUCCGCUUCUGCACAUUUAUCUGUUUGAGUGCGAAACCAUCGAGGAGAUGGCCGAGCUGAUGCACCAGAUGCGGGAUCCGGCUCACACGCUUGGCGGCUCUGUGGGCAGCAUACCGCAGACGUUGAUUGGCGGCGCUGGCGGUGCAGGAGCGGGGGGACACAGCGCAUCGAAUGGGGCCCUAAACGGGAUACAUGCCACACCGGCGACGAAUCUGAAGAUGAGCGAAGCCAUGCGGCAGGCCCAGCACGAUGCGAGUCCCAAUCCGAUCAGCUCCAAGAUGAAGGCUUCCAAGUCGUACACUCACGGUCUGAGCAACUCCUCUGGCACGGUGAACAUUCCCACAUCCACCUCGGCCCAGAGCAACCUCUCCCUGCUGGCAGACAUCUCGCCGAACCACACGCACUUCUUCGAGGUGAUGUACGUGGGAAAGAUUCGAGUGUCCCAGAAGCGGGUGCCCAACUCGUUCAUUGACGACGCUCUGCCCAAGUUCAAGGCGUACGACGCGCAGCGCCUGCGACUCCUGCAGAACCGCAAGAUGUCGCUCAGCAGCGAGGGAGGUGUGGGCAUUGAGGCCAAGAGCGUCAGCAGUCUCAAGAGUCACGACCUCAAGGAGGAGGAUGAGGAGCAGGAGCAGCCUCAGCAAGAGCAGCCAGAGGAAGAGCGAGAGCCCCCGGGAAGGCCCCAAGUGCAGCUGCAGCUAACAGGCGCCGAGGAGGGUGCCGCACCACGUCCCCUCGAGGAGAACAAGGAGAACAAGUCGCCCGAGAAGCGCCCACUGCUGCGCGGCCAGAGCCAGAUAGAACUGGGCCAAAAGGAACACCAAACCGAGGAUAGCCAGCUGGAAGCGCCAAAUGUCAUUGUUAACAAGCAGCCCACGCCGCCCAGGGACCAGGGCACGGCAUCAGCCAGUGGCUCUGCUUCGGCAGCUGCCGCUGCUGGCCCCAGUCAGCUGCAUCCCAAUUAUGCGCUGGAGAACAUACCCAAGCAGAGGGAUCGCUCCGCCUCGCAGGGCUGCAUACCGCCGUACGUGGAACAGAACCGCACGAUGGUGUUUCUGGUGGGACGCUGCGACCUGCGGCUGAUCUCGCCGGACCGCAAGCAGGUGUUGCUAUACAAGGACUUCAAGGACGUGGCCAGCUGUGUGCACGGCCAGAAGUCGCUGGAUCACUUCGGUAUCAUUUGCCGCGAGCUGAACAAUGAGGGCUACAUCGGGUACGUGUUCAAGUGCCAGUCGGAGCACGUGUGCGACGACAUUGUGGCAGCCAUCGCCCAGGCCUUCGACACGUGUGCGGAGCAGAAGAAAAAGCAGGAGACGCAGAUCUUCAGCUGCGAGCAUUGCCCCAUGCUGUGGUACCACAAGCUCUGCACGGACGUUGAGGGACUGUCCGAGAAGAAGACCCAGGCCCUGAUCCUGCGUCGAAUCGAAACCCUAAGCGACGACGAGCAGGAGAUUGUGUGGGCAAAGUUCUGUGGCUCUGAGAAGACAAACUCCCCGGUGGCCGAGCAGAAUCAGUUCCUCAUGAUGCUACUGCGCGCCCACUGCGAGUCCAGGCAGCAGCGCCAUGUGCACGACACCGCAGAGAACCGCUCGGAGUUCCUCAACCAAUAUCUCGGCGGCAGCACCAUCUUCAUGAAGGCCAAGCGCUCGCUGACCAACUCUUUCGAUAAUCUCUUGAAGCGCAAACCAUCCAAGGACGACAUUGCCGUGCCGCCACACAAUCUGCGCGACAUAAGGGAGGGCUCAGCCGAACCACUUGGCACCGAGUCGCCUCCGGAGGGCUUCCGCUCUCGCUCGAACACCGUGGGAGCGAGUCCCAGCAACAAGCCCACCGCCGAACAGCUCAAGAGCCCCAUGAUGGACAUCUUCAUCAAGGUGGGCAACAGUCCCAAGGAGGCGGAGACACAUCAGGGCUCGUGGCGGCAGGCCAUACUCAACAGCGUCGUCACACCCUCCAAGGGUCUGGACAGCGAGGUGCCCACUGAAUUCCUGUCACCCAUGCGCAAGCCUGUGAAGAGGGGAAAGCGCGAUGCGGCCGAGCUGCGGGAGCUGUGGCGCACGGCUAUACGGCAGACGAUCAUGCUGAAUCGCAUGGAGACGGAAAAUGCUAUGCUGCAGCUGAGGCAGAACGAGAACGAGCUGAAGCGCAUCAAGCUGGACUACGAGGAGAUAGUGCCGUGCGACAAGCAGCUGAUCGAGCGCUGGGAGCAGAUCAUAGAGCGAAACUCAACGCAGAUCGGCAACAAGAAGGAUCCCAAGGUGCUGGGCCAUGCCAUACGCACGGGAGUUCCCCGUUCGAAGCGCGGCGAUGUGUGGACCUUCCUGGCGGAGCAGCAUUCCAUGAACACGGCGCCGGUGGAUACAAAGCGAUUCCCCAACUUCAAUACGCCGUACCACACGUUGCUGAAGCAACUCACCGAGCAUCAGCAUGCGAUCUUCAUCGAUCUGGGCAGGACGUUUCCCAACCAUCAGUUCUACAAGGAUCCCCUGGGCCUGGGACAACUCUCGCUGUUCAAUCUGCUGAAGGCCUACUCCAUACUCGACCCGGAGCUGGGCUACUGCCAGGGUCUCGGCUUCAUCUGUGGCGUUCUGCUGUUGCACUGCGACGAGGCCAACGCUUUUCAGCUGUUGAAGCAUUUGAUGUUCCGCCGCAACAUGCGCACCAAAUACCUGCCAGACAUGAAGAAAUUCCAGCUGCAGCUGUACCAGCUCUCGCGCCUGGUCAAGGAUCAUCUGCCCGAUCUGUACGUCUGGCUGGAUCAGAACGAUGUCUCGCCCACGCUAUACGCGGCACCCUGGAUCCUCACCGUGUUCAGCUCCCAGUUCCCCCUGGGCUUUGUGGCUCGUGUCUUCGAUCUGAUUUUCCUGGAGUCCUCCGACGUGAUCUUCAAGUUUUCCAUUGCGCUGCUGUCCGUGCACAAACAGCAGCUGCUGGCCAAGGAUAACUUCGAGGAGAUCAUGGACUACCUGAAGACGGUGGUGCCCAAAAUAGAGCCCAACUGCAUGGAGAAAAUCAUGAAGCUGGCCUUCUCGAUGGACAUUGGCAAGCAGCUGGCCGAGUACAAUGUGGAGUACAAUGUGCUGCAGGAGGAGAUCACCACCACCAACCAUCACCUGGAGAUGCUGAACAGAGAAAAGACGCAGAAUCAGCAUCUGGAGCAGCAGCUUCAGUUUGCUCAAUCCUCGAUUGCUCAGCUGGAGACUACGCGUUCCUCUCAGCAAUCCCAGAUAUCUUCGCUGCAGUCGCAAGUGCAGUCGCUGGAGCUGACCAUACAGACGCUAGGCCGCUACGUCGGCCAACUGGUGGAGCACAAUCCCGAUCUGGAGCUGCCCAACGAGGUGAGACGCAUGCUCCAGCAGCUGGAUGAUCUGGAGCGACAGCGACGCCGCCCAAUCUUUGCUGACCGCAAGAUCGGCAAAUCCAUCUCUGUGAACAGUCACUUGGGGUUUCAACUCAAGGUGCUCGAAGAGCUGACCGAAAGAGACGAACAUGGUUCGCCACAAAAACUGAAGAAGGAGAAGACACCUUUUUUUGAGCAGCUGCGGCAGCAGCAGCAGCAGCUACGGCAGCAACGUCGUUGCCAUCACCACAGCGCCGGCGCCAGGGCCGAUGGAGCAGUUGCCUCCCGCAACAAGCAUUGCGGCAAUGCCACAGGAGGAGGAGCAGGCCAUGCACCCGCUCAGCAUGGUGGGCGGCGAUGUAAAUGUGCGAUUCAAGGGCACAACCCAGCUCAAGUCGAUACGUCCUGUGCACCACAUGAGAGCCAUUCCUCUUGGCGGUGUCCAGAACCAGUCCAGCACAGAGUCGUCUGUGGGUGUGGCGCCUGUUCCGGUGGAACUGGCACCGCCUGCAGCGACCACCGGACGCAGCUAACGUUUCUGAUUCAUCAGGAAACUGCUUCGCGGGUUCUAUCGCGAGCCAUCGCCCUGAGCAGAGUCCAGGACCUGGUAACGGACGGACAAACGGACGGACAGCUUAUCCGUGCUACUCACGAACUUCUGUUGCCGCUUAGAUAUAAAGUCAACCUAUAACUACUUCGUUUUUCAAAUUGUGUCAAUGUGCGCACAAAAUGUUGCCAUAUAUAUUUGCUCCGCCAGUCACGCAAUCGUUAUAAACUGAUCCCCACCCCCCCGGAACAUAUAUAUGACCCCCUUAUAACCCUACAAACAUGUAGUGUGCUUAUACAAAGGAAUUGGACAAAUGCUUUUGCAAGGUUUUAUAGACUUGGCUAACGUUUUGAUGACAAAUUUAUAACCUCACGCCACACCGCACCUCAGAAAGCAGCAGCCACAGCCACAGCGAAUAAAAAAUAAACCAAAUCAAAGGAGGCAUACAAGAAAGAAUCUGUAGCUUGUUUUAGUUUAGUUACCCGUUCACUAUUAACUUAAUAUUUAACGAAUUUACUUAGUAGCUUACUUGUUGUUACGCGGCUUUCGUUUCUUUGGUUACAUUUAGUAUAGUAACUUAGUUCUUAAAAUUAUCCUAAGUUGUAACUAUAUUUCUAUUGUACAUUUCUCCCCUGGGUUUUUCUUUUUCAAUGUAAACUUAAAUCAGAAACUAAUGUAUAAAACGACACUUGUAUUCCGCGCGACAUUUGCUUGUAGUAGAAUACAAUUUUCUGACAUCUCUUCUCUAUGAUUAUGGUAUUUGGAUUUAAAUGAUUUAAAUAUUCGUACAUAAUAUACAUGCAAUAACUAUAAAACGUGGAAAAUACAUGCAAAAACAACCAAACAAACAAAUCGCUUCUGUGUUAAGUACUUAAACUUAUAUCUUUGCUUAGCCGGGAUCCUUGGAUCAGGCGCCCGACCUUUGUUUAGCUGAUUUGGGUUAGAAUAUGAGUAAAAUCAACAGCAAUUACAUUACAUAUAUGAAAACAAUAAUAAAGUCAACAAAAAUUAUUUAAUCGAUACC